CAAAAGACCCAAAACUAUCUCCAUAGAUGAAAAUAUGGAGCCAAGCCCAACAGGAGACUUUUAUCCUUCUCCAAAUUCACCAGCUGCGGGGAGUCGGACAUGGCAUGAAAGAGAUCAAGAUAUGUCUUCUCCUACAAUGAAGAAACCUGAAAAGCCUUUGUUUAGUCCUACUUCGCCCCAGGAUUCUUCACCAAGACUGAGCACUUUUCCCCAGCAUCACCACCCAGGAAUCCCAGGAGUUGCACACAGUGUCAUCUCAACUAGAACUCCACCUCCACCUUCACCAUUGCCAUUUCCAGCACAAGCUAUUCUCCCUCCUGCCCCAUCUAGCUACUUCUCUCAUCCAACGAUCAGAUAUCCUCCCCACCUGAAUCCUCAGGAUACACUGAAGAAUUAUGUACCUUCUUACGACCCGUCCAGCCCACAGACUAGCCAG